AUGGCAACAAAUAGUCCAUCAACCAUCAACAGCGAAGAUCUGAGUCACUGUCGAGAAGCUGUUGAGUACUUCAGCCUUCCAGAGCUCAACAUGCUGACUAACACUGAGGAGAAACCCUCUAUGGAAACUCUCCCUGUGGAGAUACCCUCCAUGGAAAAUUUCACUGAGGACAUACACAACAUACAGACUAACGCUGGUGAGAGACCCUCCAUGGAAACUCACGCUGUUGAGAGACCCUCCAUUGAAACUAACAUUGAUGAAGAACCCUCCAUGGAAUCUCACGCUGGUGAGAGACCCUUCUUUGAAAUUAGCACUGAAGAGAAACCCUUCAUGGGAACUCAUGCUUGUGAGAGACCCUCCAUGCAAACUCACGCUGGUGAGAGACCCUCCAUGCAAACUUACACCAGUGAGAGACCCAACGUGCAAACUCACACCAGUGAGAGACCCAAUGUGCAAACUCACACUUGUGAGAGACCCUCCAUGCAAACUCACGCUGGUGAGAGACCCUCUAUGCAAACUGGCACCGGUGAGAGACCCAACGUACAAACUUACACCAGUGAGAGACCCAACUUGCAAACCCACACUUGUGAGAGACCCUCCAUACAAACUAACACUGGUGAGAGACCCAACCUACAAACACACACCGGUGUGAAACCCAACAUGCAAGCUCACACUGAUGAGAGACUCUCCAUGGAAGCUCACACUGGUGAGAGACCCUCCAUGCAAACUGACACCGGUGAGAGACCCUCCAUACAAACUGACACUGGUGAGAAACCCAAUGUACAAACACACACCUGUGAGAAACCCAACGUGCAAGCUCACACUGAUGAGAGACCCUCCAUGCAAACUCACGCUGGUGAGAGACCUUCCGUGCAAACUGACGUCGGUGAGAUACCCAACGUACAAACUCACACAAGUGAGAGACCCAACGUACAAACUUGCACCGUUGAGAGACCCAACGUGCAAAUUUGCACUGGUGAGAGACCCUCCAUGCAAAAUCACUCCGGUGAGAAACCCAACGUACAAACUGGAGCUGGUGAGAUGCCCUCCAUGCAAACUCAUGCCGGUAAGAGACCCAACAUGGAAACUCAAACUGGUGAGAGACCCAACCCAGAAACGCACACAGGUGAGAAACCCAACACGAAAACUUGCACAGGUGAGGAACUCUACAUGCAGACCAUUACAUACACAUGUGGAAGAUGUAAGCAGAUCUUUAGUAGCUUGUGUGAGAUAACACUCCACAUGCAUGCUCACACCGGUGAGAGACCUUACAGGUGUUACGUGUGUGGAAAGAAGUUCUUUGAUGUUACCCACCUACUGGCACACGUGCGGACUCACUCAGGGGAGAAACCCUACAAAUGCGAGGAGUGCGGCAGUCAGUUUAAUACCCCAAGUGCUCGUAAAAGACACAUGCAGACCCACUCUGGAGAGAAACCGUACAAGUGUGAGGAGUGCAGCAAGCAGUUUAUGUUACCAAGUCUCUUGACGAGCCACAUGUUGACUCACACUGGGGAGAGACCCAGACCCUAUAGCUGUGACCUGUGCAGCAAGAAGUUUCAACACAAGGGAGGUCUGAAGACACACUUGCUGAUUCACACAGGGGAGAAACCUUACGGCUGUAUGGAAUGCGGCAAGCAGUUCAGAUCACAAUAUAAUCUAAAAGCUCACAUGCACACUCACACAGGUGAGAAACCCUACCAGUGUGAGGAGUGCAGCAAGCAGUUCAGUACCCUUAGUGAUUGCAGAAGACAUAUGAAGACCCACUCCAGAGAAAAGCCGUACAAGUGUGAGAAGUGCAGCAAACAGUUUAAGACAUCUGGUUAUCUGAAGACACAUGCAUUGACUGUUGGACAUACUUUGACUCAAAUUGGUGGACAAACUUUGAGUCACGCUGAUGGACAUACUUUGGCUCACACUGAUGGACAAACUUUGAAUCACAGUGGUGAGAAACCCUAUGCAUGUGAUGUGUGUGAAAAGAAGUUUCAAUAUCAGUGUAACUUGACGGAACAUAUGAGGACUCACACCGGGGAGAAGCCAUAUAGCUGUGAAGAGUGCAGCAGGCAGUUUAGUUUCCAAUGUAGCCUAAAGAGGCACGUGCGCACUCACACAGGUGAGAAACCUUACAGCUGUGAGGUGUGCGGCAAGCAGUUUACAGACGCUAGUAGUCGCAAUAAGCACAUGUGGACCCACUCCCAAUCUGGUGAAAAGCCGUACAAGUGCGAUGAGUGCAGCAAACACUUUGUUACUCUGAGUGGAUUGAAAUCACACACAAUGACUCACACAGGGGAAAAGCCCUAUAGCUGUGACCUGUGCAACAGGGAGUUUCGACACCGGUAUGGUCUCAAAAUACACAUGCAGACUCACACAGGGGAGAAACCAUACGGCUGUAAGGAAUGCGGCAAGCAGUUUAGUCAGGCAAGCAACCUAAAGCAACACAUGUUUACUCACACCGGGGAAAAACCCUACAAGUGUGACCAGUGCAGUAAGGAGUACAGUGUACUCUCUUGUCUAAAUGCACACCUGAAAACUCACAGUGGUGAGAAACCCUACAUGUGUGAAAAGUGUGGAAUGUGUUAUAGAACAAUGAGUAGACUGAAGGAGCACAUGUUGACCCACACAGGUGAGAAACCCCACAUGUGUGAAAAAUGCGGCAUGCAGUUUAGGACUGUUAUUAACCUUAAGGAUCACAUGCGGACACACACAGGUGAGAAACCGUACAGAUGUGAGAAAUGCAGCAAGCAGUUCGCUCGAAUGGCUCACCUACGACUACACAUGCGGACUCACACCGGCGAGAAACCCUACAGAUGUGAAAAGUGUGGCAAACAGUUUAGCGAUUCUAGCUCUUGUAGGAGACACAUGCGGACUCACACAGGGGAGAAACCGUACAGCUGUGAAGAGUGCGGCAAACAGUUCAUUGAGCUCGGUGGGCUAAGGAGUCACAUGAGGACUCACACUGGUGAAAAACCGUACAACUGUAAGGAGUGCAGCAGGCAGUUCAGACAGCCGAGUGCACUGAAGAGUCACAUGCUAACUCACACAGGUGACAAACCUCACAGCUGCGAGUACUGCAGCAAAACCUUUUGUUUUGCCAGUGAAUUAAAAAGACACAUGAGGACUCACACUAAAGAAAAGCCCUACAGUUGCAAGGAGUGCAGCAAAAGCUUUAGUCACACCAAUGACCUGAAGAAACACAUGUUCACUCACAGUGUUGAGAAGCCUUUCUGUUGUGAGGAAUGCAACAAAGGGUUUUGUUCUGCCAAGGAUCUGAGAAGUCACACGCGUACGUUGACUCACACAAGUGAGAAAUCCCACAGAGAAGUGCAGUAA